ACAAGGGGCGUCAGAGCAUCACUGAGGAUGAGUUCGUCUGGGUCUCUGAGAGAGUUCAUCAGUCAGCGACUAACUGCUGCUGCUGAAGAAAUAUUCACAGAGUUUGAAAAAACCAUCGUCCAGUACGAAGAAGAGAUCGACCGACAGAGAAAAAUGCUGGACAUCACCUGGAAACCGGAGAUUAAACUACAAAGAACAGAACUCCAACAUGGUUUCAUCCCGGAUGCUAGUGAGGUUCUUCCUGGCCAGCAGCUCUGUAACCAGGACAGGAACCUUGGAUUGGACCAGAAGGAACCAGAUCCUCCACAGGUUAAGGAGGAAAUGAUGGAUGGUCAGGUUGAACUGAAGCAGGAGAUUGAUGUCAUCAUGGUGACUCCAACUUCUGGUGAAAGUAGCCACAGUGAACCAGAACCAAACAUGGAUCAGGUCCAACUUUGGAACUCUUCAGUAACUGUGAAACUGGAUCAGCAAGAAACAAAGUACGAACAACCAAGUCUGUUGACCUGCAAAAUUUGUGGUAAAAGUUUCCUCAAGCGAUCACACUUGUUGAAUCACACUCGUACCCACACCGGCGAUAGGCCAUUUACCUGUCAAGUGUGUGGUAAAAGUUUUAACCGCGCUGGGACUUUGACCACCCACAUGAGAAUCCACACAGGCGAGAAGCCGUAUUCCUGUAACAUCUGUGGUAAAAGUUUCUCCCAAACUGGUCACCUGACCAAUCACAUACGGGGUCACACGGGAGAGAAGCCGUAUUCCUGUCAGAUCUGCUGUAAAAGAUUUGCCCAGGCCGGCAACAUGGAAACGCACGUGAGGAGGCAUGCUGGCGUCAAGCCCUUUUGUUGUCAGAACUGUGGUAAAUCUUUUGGACAACUGUCUGCUUUGAAAACCCACAUGGUCAAGUCCUGCAAGUCACAACUCCCCGACAAUUUAACAUGGAGCGCACUUGGAGCGGAGCCAGAGAGGGAUUAAAAAAAGCGUUUCCAUUACACUUUUGCGAUAAAUGUCUGAAAAAGGGUUUUUGUGAUAUUUGGCAAUUUUCUUUUAAUUAAAAGCUUUUCCAUUUCCGGUUUUUCUUUGAUAUUUGAUUCUCGCUCAUGGGGUAAUGGAAACACGGCUAUUGAUGGCAAGUUGUGCUGUAUUUGUUGUGCUUUUUUAUGACACAAGUUGUCUAAAUAUUGUUGGAUAACGAUAAUUAAUAAUAAUCAUAAUGAUCUAAACUGUUGUGAAUUUCCAUCGGUUCUAUUGGUUGUGAAGGUUCCUGAGAGUUAUCAAUCAAGCCACUCCUUAGAUAGGACCGUGUACAAAUACCCACAGCUACGAGCCUCCGAAAACAUGGUGAUGUCAUGGGUGUGUCCAGUUCGUCUGAUACAGUUUAUGUGGACAGGUGAGUAGCAGUAGUUAAAAGUGAAUAAUUAAUGUAAUAUAGUUUCAGUGUCAGAUGAGCCAGACAGCUAAAAAGAGGAUGUGGACAUUUGAUAAACAAUUUUGGGUUAUCAGGAAAUAAAAGAGAACAAGCUGCGGUUUAUGGACUCUGUGUGUUUGUAAGUUAUAAAAAAAAAUGUUUGUUGCUUUUUGUGUUUUUUUUUUUUGUUUUUUUUUUUUAACCUUGUCUGCACACAUAUUAAUGAUUGAUACCAUGCCGGUAAAAACCUAAGCCAUAUAUAUGUGCAUUAUUACUAUAUUUAAUAUAUACAGUGCCUUGCGAAAGUAUUUGGCCCCCUUGAACUUUGUGACCUUUUGCCACAUUUCAGGCUUCAAACAUAAAGAUAUAAAACUGCAAUUUGUUGUGAAGAAUCAACAACAAGUGGGACACAAUCAUGAAGUGGAAUGAAAUGUAUUGGAUAUUUCAAACUUUUUUAACAAAUAAAAAACUGAAAAAGUGGCCGUGCAAAAUUAUUCAGCCCCUUUACUUUCAGUGCAGCAAACUCUGUCCAGAAGUUCAGUGAGGAUCUCUGAAUGAUCCAGUGUUGACCUAAAUGACUGAUGAUAAAUGGAAUCCACCAUUGUGUAAUCACGUCUCCGUCUAAAUGCACCUGCACCGUGAUCGUGUCAGAGGUCCCUUUAAAGAGCAGAGAGCAUCAUGAAGAACAAGGAACACACCAGGCAGGUCCGAAAUACUGUUGUGGAGAAGUUUAAAGCUGGAUUUGGAUACGAAAUAUUUCCCAAGCUUUUAAACAUCCCAAAGAGCACUGUGCAAGCGAUAAUAUUGAAAUGGAAGGAGUAUUAGACCACUGCAAAUCUACCAAGACCUGGCCGUCCCUCUACACUUUCAGCUCAUACAAGGAGAAGACUGAUCAGAGAUGCAGCCAAGAGGCCCAUGAUCACUCUGGAUGAACUGCAGAGCUCUACAGCUGAGGUGGGAUACUCUGUCCAUACGACAACAAUCAGUCGUAUCCUGCACAAUUCUGGCUUUUAUGGAAGAGUGGCAAGAAGACAGCCAUUUCUUAAAGAUAUCCAUACAAAGUGUGGUUUAAAGUUUGCCACAAGCCACCUGGGAGACACACCAAACAUGUGGAAGAAGGUGCUCUGGUCAGAUCAGACCAAAAUCAAACUUUUUGGCAACAAUGCAAGACGUUAUGUUUGGCGUAAAAGCAACACAGCUCAUCACCCUCAACACACCAUCCCCACUGUCAAACAUGGUGGUGGCAGCAUCAUGGUUUGGGCCUGCUUUUCUUCAGCAGGGAUAGGGAAGAUGGUUAACAUUGAUGGGAAGAUGGAUGGAGCCAAAUACAGGACCAUUCUGGAAGAAAACCUGAUGGAGUCUGCAAAAGACCUGAGACUGGGACGGAGAUUUGUCUUCCAAUAAGACAAUGAUCCAAAACAUAAAGCAAAAUCUACAAUGGAAUGGUUCACAAAAAACAUCCAGGUGUUAGAAUGGCCAAGUCAAAGUCCAGACCUGAAUCAAAUCAAGAAUUUGUGGAAAGAACUGAAAACUGCUGUUCACAAACACUCUCCAUCCAACCUCACUGAACUCCAGCUGUUUUGCAAGGAGGAAUGGGCAAAAAGUUCAGUCUCUCGAUGUGCAAAACUGAUAGAGACAAACCCCAAGCGACUUACAGCUGUAAUCGCAGCAAAAGGUGGCGCUACGAAGUAUUAACUUAAGGGGGGUGAAUAAUUUUGCAAACCCAAUUUUUCAGUUUUUUAUUUGUUAAAAAAGUUUGAAAUAUCCAAUAAAUUUCGUUCCACUUCAUG